AGAAUUUCCCGCCAGCUACUUCUUUGGCAAAGUUGUGUUGUUGUUUUUAAACAAGUUUGACAAAAAUGGCGGGCAGGAAAAGCGCGAAAAAAGAAAACACACUCUCCAAAAAUGGAAAGGGAAAAAGAAAAUUGGAUAACAAAUCAGAAGAAUCGCCCAGUAAAAUUGUAAAAUUGAGUCAAGAAUGCAAAUUUAAGGAUGAGUUUGGGGGUGUGCUACAAGAAAAGUAUGGCAUGGCAUUACCAGAUGACUUUUUCUUGUUUUUUGAUUUCUUGGUUAACAACAAUUUAUGUCUUGAUUGUACUGGUUUGAAGUUAACAGGACCAUUUGAUAUUUUAUCUGGUAAUCUUUCUAAAGACAACACACUAGAGAAAGUUGAUUAUCACCUGCAUGGCAGAUGUUUUUAUGAUGUACCUGAGAUGAUGACUGUCUUAUACACUAAUGAUAAUGAUGGAUAUCACAUAUCUUAUUUCAGAGAUUUUCCAGAUCAAAUGCCUCAACUACUUGUGUCAAGUAAAUCAGAUGUUAAUGGUGAGUUAUCAACAAGUGGAGACAAUAUAUUUGCAGCUGUGUUCCUGUAUUGUAAAGACUUACUUCGAUCAGCGAAUGACAAAACUAAGAUAAAAGAACUAAACAGUUUAUGCAAGCGCAUUGAAGAUAAAGCCACAUCUUAUGGCUACCAGUUAGAACGAACAACGUCGUCACAUAAAGCACGUAACAAAAACGUGGUAACGAAGUCCUUCCAUAAAGCAGGGCUGGUGGUGAUACUUGAUGAGAAUGAUGUUGGAUAUCGGGAAUUACCAUCAUCUGAUAGAGAUUUAAGAAAAAUACUCCAGAAAAUUGUUGAUGCAAAAUCAGACAGUGAACGAGAUAGUGCGUUUGACGAACUUCAGGAAAUUAUUACGCUUAUCCAGUUCGCCAACGAUGAGUGUGACUAUGGAAUGGGCUACGAAUUAGGAAUUGACUUAUUGAUAUUUGGUCACGAACAAUUUCGUCGCACGAUUUUGCAUUUGCUGCCAUUAGCUUACCAACUACUGCAACGAGAUAUUUACGGUGAAAUUCUUGAGAAACAUUUAGAAAAUCGAAAGAAGGACGGGCCUAUAAGUAUGCUUUCACUGUGAUUGAAAAUAUUGUGUAGAUUGGAGAAUUAUUGGUCGUCAAUGUUGAGAGAAAUAAAACCAUCACACACGUUUAGACGUGCACAGAAAGAUUCCGUGGAAAUAAAUUACCAAAGCAAGGUCUUCCUUACACGCUAGAAUCUGGUGCGCGUAAAAAACCUCCAUAAA